AUGAAAGAUUUUAUGGCUUUUAAAUCCCAAUCUGGAGAGGUUUACGGUAAUAAAUUGAUUUGCGAAGCAGUUGACAUUACCAUUGACCCAUUACAUUGGUGGUCUGCAUUCUGUAAAGGACAACCUUUACAGAAUAUUGCAUUUAAGCUGCUAUCAUUACCUGCCUCUUCAGCUGCAGUUGAGCGCAGCAAUAAAGAAUAUGCACUGCAAAAAACAAAAAAACGUAACAGGCUAUCAGAUGCUCUAUGUGCAACAGUAACAAAAGUUGCUUAUAAUAUUAAAGUACAACAAUCUGUAAAAAAGAAAAAGAAGCAGGCUCAUACAGCGCUCCAGUUCUCCAAUGGUCCUAUAGAUAUGAACUUUUCUUCCAUUAUAUCAUUAAAAGAUUCACAACCACCUCAUAAGAUCCAAAGAACUGACACGGUAUCUUUGGUAUCUUCUUGGGAUAGCUCUGAUUCAGAAGUCACAGAAGGUUUUGAAGAAUGCAAUAGCAACGAAGAAUAUAAUAAACAAGAAGAAGUUGAUUUUUGA